CCUAAAAUCUAUCAUUUAUGCUUCUUAAGUGAACAAAUCAAUUUCUUAUGUAUGUGGGACAUAAAAAUUUUAGAAAUGUUACAGUUGGACACGGCACAAAAAGGUUGGGAAACACUGGUCUAUAGAAAUAAUUAUAAAAAGCCAGUAUUCUCUUUUAUAUUAAAAUGUUACUGAUUUCACACAUAUGAUUAAUAUGCACAUGCAAUAAUCGGUUGACAUAUGCCCCAGGACAACAGACCCCGCCCCGCCCCCUCGGCGGCUGGGGGUUCCCGUGCGUGUGCUCUUGUGUGAUUAAUCGGUUUUAUUAAAAUACACAUCAGAUUUUUUUAUUGAAAUAUUUAUAUUGUUUGUAGUCGUUAUGCAUGUGGCUAUUGUUAUAAAAGUGGUUGGUAUACUGACAACGUAAGAACCUUAUUGGCGUAGACCUGUAAAUAAGAAAAUUAAAAUGAAUAUGUUUAAAUUUACAAGUGAACUUAACAAAAAAAUAUUAUAUUAUGUUAAAAUUACCUAUUAGUUUUGUAUAUUUCAUUGUUUAUAAAUUUCUAUACAAGAAAUCAAUGGCCCAGGGCAAAAAUGUAUGAGUCCAGCCCAGGGACCAGCACAAAUGAGGCACGUCGUAAUAAUUACGGGUAUAUAAUACAACUUCAACCCAGAAUCGAUGGUGUCACUCAUACAUACAUUGAUUGCAAAACAUCAUGAAAUAUGGCACUACUAAAACGUAUUGAUUAACGUUGCUUUUCUUUCUUCUUAAUCAACAUAAUACAAAUAACUCAUUACAUUGUGCUUGACAAAUUACGUGAAACGAUUUUUAAUUUAUAUCAAUAAACUAGCGGCCCGGCAGACUUCGCAGUGCCUAAAUCGAUAUAAAAGACCUAAACUUUUUUUUAAAUAAACUUAAAACAAACAAAAGGAAUCCGUCCGACGGGGGACACAUGAAAUGAAAAACAAAAUUGUUAUUUUUGUUUAAUUCCAAGCAUUUUCAUAUUUAUCUACCUUUUAAACCUUCUCUGGACUUCCACGAAUAGUUUAAGACCAAAAUUAGCCAAAUCGGUCCAGCCGUUCUCAAGUUUUAGCGAGACUAACGAACAGCAAUUCAUUCUUAUACAUAUAGAUAGAAGAUAGAUGGUAUGGUUCAGGUGAUUUACGUGUGGAUUAAAUGGCUCGCGCCAAGGGUCCGGCUCGGCGGCGCGGCGCAUUGUCUACAGACUCCUGUCGUCUGCUGUACUGCCGAUGUCAAUAACCAUACGGCACGGCGGUGUACUGUACAGAGCACAGACCGUUGACGGAUGCGACGCAACAAAACAGUUGAAGCUCGUGGUCAUAUUAAAAUACCAUUUGAACUCGUUUCUAAAGAUAAUUGUUUUACAUCUCCGUGGGCUGUCUGUUGAGCCUCUACUCGUGGAGUUAAUUGAAAAUAUCAAUUCAAAUUAUUUAUUUUCGGGAUUAUGUAAUAAAACCCAUAUUUAUUUUAUUUACAACAGAAUCCAGUGACUUGUUUUCGUGACUAUUUUACUGUAGUCAGUUCAACAUUACAGUUACGUAUUGACCGCCGAGCACAGGCGGGCCGCGCGCCCCAGUGGGGACGAGGAGGGGCAACAUUAUCAAAUAGCUUCUAGAUAAUGUUCAAUUAUUUAGGUAUUCAUUUAUAUUUCUAAACACGAUUUUCAACGUAGGUCGGAUGCAAGACCAAGGUCACUUAAAGUCUCAACAAAGAUUCUGUUUCUUAUCUAUCAUUUUAAAGUAAUUUAUUUGAUAAUUGUAUUUUUAUGUCGCUGUGCGGGCUGCGGCCAGAUGUAUAUAUGAUUAGAUUACUAUUUACGUUAUCCGUCUCGAGUAACGUAAUCUGUGGCUUGUCAAUUCGUCGUCCGCGAUAAUUAGAGGCGUGUGUCGCUUCUAGUCGAUCUAAAAUAAUUAUAAUAUAGUGAUGUUAAGAUGGUGCAUUUGAAAGCUAGACUGAUUAGUUGGUUGGAGAACAACCGGGAGUUAGUAGUGGCGCUGUUCUGUCUGCCAGCCAGCUUCCUGUUCACGGUAGCGCUGCAGCUGCGAGCGCACUUACGGAGACUCGUCGCUCGCGCCGACCAGCACGAGAGGGCCGUUAAAGAGAUCCAGGCUAGGGUCCAGGAAUGGAACAAGCUUCCGUCACGAGACCGUCGACUGCUGUGCACGUCGAGACCCAACUGGUUGUCUCUCUCUACUACGUUUUUCGAAAAACAUCUCCAUCAUCGAGUUCCUAUACCGCUUUACGACAUAUUGGAGCUGGAUGAACAAGCUAUGACUGUCAGAGUCGAGCCAAUGGUGACCAUCGGCGACAUCACAGAAUACCUCAUACCGAAGGGCUAUUCAUUGGCCGUCACUAUUGAAUUGGUUGACGCUACACUUGGAGGUCUUGCAUUCGGCACUGGAAUGUCCACUCACUCCCACAAAGCGGGCUUGUACCACGAGACUAUUACUGCGUAUGAAGUGGUUCUCGGUGACGGGUCCCUGGUCACAGCUACAGCUGACAAUGAACACUCUGAUCUCUUCAAAGCCCUCCCGUGGUCGCAUGGUAGUCUUGGCUUCCUUGUGGCGCUCACGUUGAAAAUUGUCAAAGUAAAACCAUUCAUUAAGAUCAAGUACACUCCGGUUGAAGGACAGAAGGAAUAUUGCAACAUGCUGCGAGAACUUUCUGGAACGUACGAAAGAGAACCUAAAGAAUUCCCCGAUUUUCUCGAGGCAACAAUCUUUAGUGAGAACGAGGCGGUCGUCAUGUCAGGAGACUACUGCGACCGCGACCCGACUGCGCCAGUGAAUCACUGCUCGAGGUGGUACAAGCCGUGGUUUUACAAACACGUACAGUCCUUCUUGAAGAAGGGGGAGAGCGUCGAGUUGAUACCGUUGAAAGAUUAUUUACUCCGACACAACAGAGCUAUCUUCUGGGUCGUCGAGGACAUGCUCUCAUUCGGAAACGACGCCUUGUUCCGAUACUUGUUCGGUUGGCUGCUGCCCCCCAAGCCCGCCUUUUUAAAAUUCACGACGACGCCGGGGGUGCGAGCCUACACAUUCACGAAGCAAGUCUUCCAAGACAUAGUGUUGCCGAUCAGUGAACUGGAACGGCAGAUCGAGAUGGCCACGCAAUUGUUUGACAAAUUCCCGCUGCUUGUGUACCCGUGUAAAGUGAUCGAUCGCGGUCCAUCGUCCGGACAACUGAAACGACCCCACUCUAAGUACUUGGUCCCGGGAACAAACUAUGCGAUGUACAAUGAUUUGGGAGUUUACGGCGUCCCGGGGAAGGUCAAAGAGAAGAAGCCAUACAGCCCGGUGACGGCUAUGAGAAAGAUGGAAGAGUUCACGAGAGAAGUGGGUGGUUUUUCAUUUCUUUACGCCGAUAUAUUCAUGACCCGAGAGGAGUUUGAGGCCAUGUUUGAUUUAUCUCUGUACGAGAGAGUUCGAAGGAAGUAUGGAGCUGAAGGAGCCUUCCCACAUUUAUAUGUUAAAGUCAAGCCAGAGAUUGAUGUUUUCGCUAUUGGUGAAGAGAACGCUGUCCAGUGAACAUCUCGGUCGAUGCAAACUGUCCACUUCUAGAGGAAAUACGUUCUCUCUCGUUUUGGCGUCCACUUUGUGUAUCGACUUAAUCCUAACGAUAUAAUUACGAUGAUAAUAAAAGUGCAAUAGAUGUA